CGCAUUCGCUCCGUUUGGGUGGGACUACGCCUCUGUCGCUGCACCGCAGGCUUCCGCGCGCACAGACGUUGACCCCGGAGUGUGGUCAGAUGUGGAGGUAAGGAGCAGAUAUAUCAGCCCUUUUUCAGAAAUGGAGACAUUCCUAAAGAUUGGCAGCAUGUAUCAAAUAGUGCCGGUGGCUCCUGGGGAGCAGCAGAUGGCUGGGGGACCCGGAGGCUCCCCACUUAAGAAGAAACUUUCUCAUGAAGGUCGGCCACUGGUGAUGGCAAGUAUGUUGGGCUGUGUGCUGGUGCUAGCUGCUGUGGUCGCCUGGUGCUAUUACUCAGUGUCGCUUCGUAAAACCCAGUUGUUCAAGACAGCGUUGUUAGACCUGAACAAGGAUGGUUUUAUUAUUCACAACCAAGCUGGGGCUGUUGUCUUCACUAUGGCAUUCAGGUCUGGUACUCUGGAUGUGGACUCUUGCUCAAAGGAGGGAGAUAUUCUGAGCUGCACUCAGUCGGAUUCUGGCAAGCUCAACUUUUUUAUCCAAACAGUUCGUCCAAAGGACACGGUGAUCUGUUAUCGGGUUCGCUGGGAGGAGCUGCAGAAUAAGCACUUGGUAGAGCAUGUCAUGGCCUAUAAUGACUCUCAUUGGUAUGGAGGGGCAGAGACGGCAACACAGUACUGGCCUAUCAGAUUUCAGGGAGAAGAGGAACCACGACCUUUCAUCACAAGUGACGUCUACUCCAAUCGAAAUGCUUUUGGAGGAAUUCUAGAGCGGUACUGGCUGUCAUCAAAUGCAACUGCCAUUAAGAUUAACGACUCAGUACCGUUUCAUUUGGGCUGGUCAGAGAAGAACAGGACACUGAGGUUCCAGGCCCGGUACCAGGACUCUCCCUUCAGACCACUAGAAAGACAGCAGACCUUUCCUGAACUCAGUUAUAGAGUCUGUGUGGGGUCAGAUGUCACCUCUAUUCACAAGUACAUGGUGCGCCGGUAUUUCACAAAGCCUAUCAAAGUCCCAUCUGCUGAUUUGUUCAAAAAACCAGUGUGGUCCACAUGGGCUAUCUACAAGACCGCUGUAACUCAGGAGAAGCUGCUGCGCUAUGCCGCUGACAUUACUAGGCAUGGCUUCAACUGCUCCCAUCUGGAGCUGGAUGACCGCUACACAGCAGAUUACGGAGAGUUUGACUUUGACCCGCAGAAGUUCCCCAAUGCAAGCGGCAUGUUUGACAAACUAAGAGAGGGCGGCUUUCAAGUUACACUCUGGACGCACCCUUUUAUCAACUAUGACUCCAUAAAUUUUGGUGCAGCUGUGGAGAAAGAGCUAUUUGUCCGUGAGCCAGGCGGUGAACUGCCCGCUCUGGUUCGCUGGUGGAACGGGAUUGGAGGAAUCUUGGACUUCACAAACCCAGACGCUCGUGAAUGGUAUUCCUCAAACUUGCACAUGCUCAAAAGUCGCUAUGGGGUGACCUCCUUCAAGUUUGAUGCAGGAGAAACGAGCUACCUGCCCCGUCAGUUUAGUACCCUGGGCCCACUGUCAAACCCUUCCACCUUCACCCGCCGCUACACAGAGAUGGCUAUACCAUUUAUGGAGCAUGCUGAGCUAAGGGUUGGUUACCAGAGUCAGAACAUCUCCUGCUUCUUCAGGAUCAUUGACAGGGACUCGGUGUGGGGUUACGAGCUCGGCCUCAAGUCCAUCAUCCCUACUGUUCUGACUAUAGGCAUUUUGGGUUACCAGUUUGUCUUACCUGAUAUGAUAGGAGGAAAUGCCUACCCGAACCAUACUGCAGGUGGGUUAAAUGGUCUGCCAGACAGAGAACUGUACAUCAGAUGGUUGGAGCUGUCUGCCUUUAUGCCCGCCAUGCAGUUCUCCAUACCUCCAUGGGCUUAUGACAAUGAGGUGGUAAAGAUAGCACAGAAGUUCACAGGGCUCCAUGAAACUCUGGUGGCACCAAAAGUUCUUGAAUUGGCACACGUGGUUCUUGAUACAGGAGACCCAAUCAUAAGGCCCCUCUGGUGGAUUGCCAAUGAUGAUGAGGCUGCCUAUAAGAUCGACUCCCAGUUCCUGAUUGGGGAUGACCUCAUGGUGGCGCCAGUGUUGGAGCCAGGAAAGCAAGAGAGGGAUAUCUACUUGCCUGCAGGACGAUGGAAAAGCUACAAGGGGGAACAUUAUGAUAAAGGUCCCAUGUACCUAACUGAUUACCCUGUGGACCUGGAUGAGAUCGCUUUCUUUACAAGGGUUCUUUGAAGGCAUUAAAGAAUUGAAAACCGGACUGACACACACACGCACGCGUCCGCACACAUUAGUUUGAGCACACAUGCCAAGUAAAAGCAGGGAGGCACCACCAGAAGCUUGAGUUGAGAGUAGAGUGACAUUUUAAUGAAGAUUAACCUCAUGUCUCUUCCAUCCUGCUCUUUGUCAGGACUUCUGCCUGCAGAUUAAAACCCUCCGCCCAAAGAAUUAGAAUUACCUUCUAAUUCUCAUUUUGCAUCCUUAAGCUAAUCCUCAUCCUUGUGUGCCUUUCACAGCCAAUAGAAGAUCCGAUCUGUGAUUGUAUCAUCACCAUUUUUAGCCUUAGUGGCCAUCUAAUACUGCGUUUGUUUGUUUUUUCUCAAAGCCCAAAGCUCUACAGCAAGCAUGGCGGCAGUUUUGGGUUAAUAUUAUUUCCAUUAGCUUAUUAAUAGAAGUAACUGUACCAUUUAGGGGGUCUUUUUGGGGGUGACUGGGUUAGGCAAUAAAAAAAUGCACUAUAGCCAUACUUAAGUCUGUGUUUUUAACUUUUUAAGCUAACAUGCAUUAAUUUGCAUUGCACUGACAUCUACAUUUUACAGUCUUUUGAUUAAUUGCUCUUUAUAUUUAUUAAUUUUUAUUUGUGGAUACUGUUGGAUGUUUUUAAAUAUGCACGAUUCUGGGGAUGAAUAAAGGGGUUAACAAUAAGCUGCAAAUACUUUUAUGUCAGUAAGUCCCAUAACCUAUAGUGCCAUUAUAUUAUUUUAGUGCCAAAAUCUACUGCUUUAUGCUUUUUAUUAAAAAAGUCUGCACAAGUCAACUUAACUGCUCAGGGUACAUUUAAAAGAUAUUUAUUAUUGAUCCACAGUAAUAUAUUUGUUAUACAUUACUGUGCAAAAGUCUUGCACCGCUUCUCAUUGUCUUAUUUUAAUUCGAAGGAGCCAAACUUUCUUGCAAUUUUUAAGUGUUUUUUGGGCAAUAGUUGUCCAGGCUUGUCUGAAGGUCUUUCAGAUUUUUUUUUUUCUAUGGAUUUUGGCUUUUACUUGUUUUCAGCCCAAGUCGUGUAGCUGACUAUUUUUAGAUGAGUGUUUAUUGUUUGCGAAGCCACUUAACACUGACCUAUGAAUAACUAGAGCUUAAAGGAAGACACCUAACACAAGGGAUGAACUACUGUUGUGUUUAUCACAGACAACUUUGUAAGGAACCAAUUUUAAACUGUAUCUUAGGGACUGUUUUGCUACCAGCCGGUCUCAAAAACAUAUAAAUAUUUCCGUUUUUGUUUUUUUUAGCAGAAUCAACAAAAAUCCAAGGUUUACACAGUUUGACAGGCAUAAAAUUUUAUUUUUGCACCACCAAGGUUAUAAGAGAAAACUUGGUACUUGGUGGUGUGCGGUGUGUCCGUAAAAACAUUAAGGGAAACUGGACAAUCGGACAAAAGAAAUUACAGACAUAAAUAGCUGUCGGCAGCGGAUGAACAAUCUCUGUUUCUUAAGUUGUGUCCUUAAGAAAUUUGUGCUUCAUUUCAUCUACUGUUCACUCAGGCCUUAUCAGAAAUGGUCUCAGUAAAAGGGUGG